AUGUCAGCCGCAAGGAGCCGCCAGAGUUUGCUCGCGGUGAACGAGAGGACGCAGAAGAGGAAGCUGUCCAACCGGGAGUCAGCGAGGCGGUCGCGGAUGAGGAAGCAGCAGCACCUGCUGGAGCUGACGAGCGACGAGACUCGGCUGAAGUUGGAGAACGGGCAGAUACUGGAGCGGGUGGAGAGGCUGGCGCAGGGCCACCAGUGGCUGGAGUCCGAGAACGCCGUGCUCAGGGCGGAGGUGGCGGAACUGGCCGAGUCGCUGCGGUCGCUCGAGUCGGUGCUCUGCUACGCGGAGGAGUUCGACGGGGUGGCGACGGACGCGGUUAAGCCCUCGGAUCAUCUUCUCCGUCGGUGGCCGCCGGCUUGCGUCAUGGCGUCAGCUUCGGACGCCAUGCUCUUCCUUGUCUGA